AUGUCUUUUAUAAAGGCCCUAGUUCUUGGUUACGUGUUUCUAUCGACAACUGCCAUGUCCACAUCUGGUUUGAAAGUCGAGAGCACCUACUCUCAAAUCUACUUUCAUGGACGCUGGGAUACUUCGCCGGGUACCUGGUGGGCUGGUUCAGGAUUCAAAUUGCGUGUGCAAAAUCUACGCUCGCUAGCUCUGAAUCUGGGACCUCACACGACGUCUCCGUCGGCAUCCAUUGCAGUAUCCGUUGAUUAUAAUAAUUUCACGGCAGUAAAUGUCUCAUCGGGAAUAAAUGAUAUCCCUGUGGAAACCCCGUCUCGAAGUAGCGUCGUCCGCAUCAAUGUCGAGGGUUGGCAGAAUAAUCGGAUGAAUCUUGAAAGCCUGGUGUUGAAUUCAGAUGCGAACCUGCUGUCGUACGAUCCCUCAGAGCUUGCUUUCUUAUUCAUAGGCGACUCUCUGUCUGCAGGACAAUAUCUUCCUCAAGGUAUAAAUCAGGCGUGGCCAUUUCUUGUCGGAGAACGCUUCAAGGCAGAACAUACUGUUAUUGCUCAGCCAGGAGUUGCCCUGACGGAUAUAGAAUCUUACGGCAACGUACAUGGUAUCUCCUUUCAGUUCUUCAAGACGGAAGACACUGGAUACUAUUAUACUACCGACCACAACUAUACGACACCAUGGAACUUCUCUCGUGACAAGCCAACUCCUACGCACAUAGUAAUUCACAUAGGAGCCAAUGACGCCUCUCAGCAGGUUUCAGGAGAUGAAUUUGUCCAGGUAUAUCUCGACUUUAUACACCGCCUCCGUCGGAUUUACGACAGACAACCGAUCUUCGUCUUCACACCUAUGGCAGAAAUCAGUUAUUAUUACGAUGGAAAGUACGAGGAGAUAGUAAGCAUGAGGUAUCCGACUGUCCACAACGAUAGAAAUAUUUUCCUCGUCAAUACGACAGGCUGGGUUACAUUUAAUGACGUGUUCCCGGACAACCUUCAUCCAAACGUUCCUGGUCAUGAGAAGAUUGCCGGGAAGUUCAUAGAUUGGUUGGUGAAUUGGGGCUUACGCCCGGAGUCCCGAUGGGCUACGCCUGUAUCAAGCUGA